AAGCAAUUCAGGUAGAAUUAAAAUCGCUAGAAAAGCGUAAUGUUUUUGGACCAAUUGUCCAUACGCCAAAAGGCGUAAAACCUGUCGGUUUUAAAUGGGUUUUUGUGCGUAAACGCAACGAGAAAAAUGAAAUCGUUAGAUACAAAGCCCGACUUGUUGCCCAAGGUUUUUCUCAAAUGCCAGGAAUCAAUUAUGAUGAGACGUAUUCUCCAGUAGUUGAUGCUACAACUUUAAGAUUUUUAAUUGGCAUGUCUGUUUUUGAAAGGCUGCAAAUGCGCCUCAUGGAUGUGGUGACCGCAUAUUUAUACGGUUCACUCGAUACAGACAUAUAUAUGAGAAUUCCUGGAGGCUUUAAAAUACCUGAUGCUUAUAGCUCGAAAUCUCGAGAUUUAUUUUCCAUAAAAUUGCAAAAGUCAUUAUAUGGAUUAAAACAAUCUGGACGCAUGUGGUAUAACCGUCUCAGUGAAUAUUUGAUUAAAGAAGGGUAUAAAAAUGAUCCUAUUAGUCCAUGUGUUUUCAUUCAGCGAUCCGAAUCAGGAUUCGCCAUAAUUGCAGUAUAUGUUGAUGAUUUGAAUAUAAUCGGAACUCCUAAUGAAAUUGAAAAUACUGC